AUGUCACUGGAAAUCCAGACUCCGUACGGCACCGCGCUGCCUCCGGCCCCAAGGCACGCCAUCACAGUCCACCUCCCGCAGUGGCGAUCGAUCGAGCGCUUCCGGGACCGAGACCCGGAGCUGUUCAGGUCGCUCCGGAGCAUGUAUCCGCGGUUUGUCCUGCACAGGGAUGUCUUGGAGCUUACCGCAAAGAUCGUCGACUUCGCCGACAUCGAGGCCCAAGGCUGCUUUCUAUUCCCUUCGUCACAGGCAGCGCGUGAUUGCAAGGAAUAUGCGACCUCCCCCGACAGAGGACAGGGGUCAGUUCCCCGCGACGGCAUCUCCAUCCGCGUCUUCAGGACGCAUUGUCCGGUGUACGCGGUCGUCUUCCCCGCCGAGUUCACGGGCACCGUGCACGGUUUCUGGGUUAAUGCUGGCGUGGGCAUCUCGUCUCGCUUGGCGGAGGAUUGUCUCGAGCAUAUCAGCUCGUUGAGAGAAGAAGUCAGGGACAGGGACCACGAAGAGGGUGCGAGAACAACAAUGACGACAGCUAAAUCUGACGGCCCUGCUCACCAACAGCUCAAGGAGAGGAUAGCAGGCCUGCUCAAUAGAGCCCCUGCUGACCCGCACCGCACGGCCCAAGUCUCGCCCAGCGACGUCUACUUGUUCUCGACCGGCAUGGCCGCGAUAUACUGGGUCCACCGGUAUCUGCUGAGCGCAUACGCCUCCUCGCCGUCCGUGCUCUUCGGCUUCUCAUUCCACUCGACCAUCCACGUCCUCCAAGACUUUGGGCCCGGGGUGGAAUUUUUCGGCCUCGGUUCGGAGCAGGACCUCGACGGACUUGAGAAAUAUCUCGCAGCUCAAUCGGGCCGGGGGAGCAAGGUACAGGCCAUCUGGACAGAGUUCCCCUCGAAUCCACUGCUAAACACGCCGGACCUGCGCCGGCUCAGACAUCUGGCCGACGAGCACGGCGCGCUUCUCGUCGUGGACGACACGGUCGGGGGCUUCUGCAACGUCGACGUCCUGGACGUCGCAGACAUUGUCGUCACGUCCUUGACAAAGUCAUUCAGUGGGUACGCCGACGUCAUGGGCGGGAGUGCCGUGCUCAGCCCGCUGUCGUCGCGGUACGAGGAGCUUACGGCCCUGUUCGGCACGCAGCAUCACGACGACCUGUACAUCGGCGACGCCGAGACGCUGGAGCGCAACAGUCGAGACUACCUCGAGCGCUGUGCCGUGUUGAACCGCAACGCCGAGAAACUGGUCGAGUAUCUCCAAAGCAACACGAAGAACAGCAGCAGCAGCAGUAUCACCCAAGUCUUCUACCCCACCGUCAACGACACGCUCCCCAACUACACGACACACCUGCGCCAGCCGACCCCUGGGUUUCCCCACCAGGGCUACGGAUGCCUCCUGAGCGUGCAACUCCGCGACCUCGACGCCGCGAUCGCAUUCUACGACAACCUCCACGUGCACAAGGGCCCGCAUCUCGGCGCCCAUCUGACGCUGGCGUUGCCGUACUCGCUCGGCGUCUAUGGGAACGAGGCCGCCUGGGCGAGCAGGUACAACGUCAGGCAGGAGCAGGUGCGGAUAUCGGUGGGCCUCGAGGAUGCGGAUGACUUGGUCGACAGGGUCAAAUGCGCGGUGGAGGCUGCUGACCGGCGGACGGAUCCGGUGACAUAG